AUGCCUGUAUACAGUUCUGAAAAAUGCUCAGUUGACGGCUGCGGCUUAAAAGGUCAAAAAGUCACUUGCGAGUUCUGUAAGAACUUGUUUUGCCUCCAACACAGACAUACAGACGAUCAUUCCUGCGGAGAAUACGAAAAAGUACUCGAUGCCAAGCGCGCUGAGAAAGGAGUGAUAACACAAGAAACGAAAGCAACAAUAGAAGCGUUGAAGAACCUCGUAUCCACAAUAACAACUCCUUCGACGAAAACCGCCACGAGCAAGAAGAAACUCUCGGACAAACAAAGAGCCAUGGCGGCGAAAGUAAGACUGAUGAAACUGAAGGCCACGGCAAAAGGACCCGGGUUUGUCCCAAUGUCCGAGCGAAUUUUCUUCCAAAUCGGGGAGAAACGAAUCUUCUGCGGUCUCGAUUUCACUAUCGCUCGUCUUGCUGGCUUAGCUGAAUGCUCUGGCCUGGCUACGAUCAAUGAUUUUCCUCUCGAAGCUGAAAGUGUCAUUCGUGAACUAAUCGAUCUCGGAAUUCUUAUCAAUGGCGAUGAGCUUGUUGCACUGUAA